AAGGCAGAAGAGAAGAAACCAGGAGAGAAGCCAGAAGAGAAGAAGCCAAAAGAGAAGCCAGAAGAGAAGAAGCCAGAAGAGAAGAAACGCAAGGUGAAGCAAGACACCUCAUCAGUGGAACAAAGGAAGACUCAGGAGAAACCAGAGGAUCCAGGAAAGAAGACCGAUGAGCAAACAGCCCAUGCUGCUCUUAAAGAAAAGAAGAGUGAGGGCGUUUCCGUGAAAGAGCUCGAACGCCUAAGUGAUGAAGGUGCCAGGAUAGAGAAGAAAAUCCAUGAGCGUCGAGCUGCCAAAAGAGCUGAGAAAGAAGGAAUGAAAAGGAAUGACACUCGACCCAGAAAACCACGGAGGAGUCCAAGAAACUGGAGGACGGAGGUCAAGGCAAGAAGAACAAACCUGAGAAGAAGGAGGAGACUGAGAAGGCAAAUAAGAAACCAGAAGAGAAGAAGCCAGAAGAUAAACCAAAAGAGAAGCUUGAAGAUAAGCCUGAAGAACAGAAGUCUGAAGAGAACAAGCCUGAAGAGAAGAAGCAAAAGGUGAAGGAAGACACGCCACCAAUUGAGCCAAAGAAGACUGAGGCGAAACCAAAGGAUUCAGGCGGGAAUGAGAAAGAGAAGCAGAAGGAUGUAAGCAAGGACAACCAGAAGACCAAGGAGAAGUCCAAGAAGCAUGAGGACGGAGGUAAAAGAAAGAAGGAACAAACUGAGAAGGAGGAGAAACAUGAGAAGGCAAAUGCGGCACCAGAAGAGAAGAAGCCAGAAGAGACGAAGCCAGAAGAGAAGAAGCAGAAGGUGAAGAAAGAUACGAAAGACACGUCCCCAGCAGAGCCAAAGAAGAUUGAGGAGAAACCGGAGGAUUCAGGGAAGAAGAAGAAGAAGAAAGAAAUGCAGGAGGAUGUAAGCAAUGGCAGCCAGAUGCCCAAUGAGGAGUCCAAGAAGCAUGAGGACGGAGGUAAAGAAAAGAAAGCGAAGAAAGAGGAUACCACCAAGGGAAGUGAUGUGACAAAAGAUGACCCAGAGAAGAAAGACAAAAAAAGAAAGAAUAAUGUUAGCAAGAAGGUGGAUGACGAGGGCAAGGCCAAGAGCAAUGUGGAGAAGGAGGAUGGGCCUGAGGUUCAGGAGAAGGAGAUAGCCCAAAAGAAAAGGAAGAAAACGUCCAAGGAGCAGCACUUCGAGGAGCCAAAAGAAAGAGGAGCCGGUGAAAAGCGUGAAGGAGAACCACAGCCAGAGGUGAACACCAAGAAAGCUCGAAGCCAGGUGUGGUUGGCUUCUUUGGGUUCCUGGGUUCAAACCAUAUGGUUUUAACAUUUCUCAUGAAAUGCAAAAAACGUGAUAUAAUAUAGUAGGACGAAACAAGCCCUUUCUUGAAUGUUUUGGGCGCUUGACUCUUGAAUGCCUCAGGAGAAUUUGGUUGAGAGGCAAGGAACCAUCGAAAGUAUCACCGCCUUGAUGGAUCUGGCAUCCCCGGAUCCCAAGAAGCUGAACUUUGAUGCUCGUUUGAAAGCGGUGAACUGCUCCCUUCAAGUCCCAAGGUUUGGUUUUGGUAUGUUUAGGUUCAGUAUCCCUUUAUCAUCUUUGUGGCCUGGACCUGUCUACCAUCUAGGAUUCUCCUGGGGAGAGAUCGUCUUCAUCGACACCACUCUCCACUACUAUAUCUAGUUCCUCUGGUUCAAGACAGAAACGACAAGUUGAUUUGUCCGACGACCAGAAGAAGGCUGUGGCUGACAUGCAAAAGCCGAGUGAUAUGGACCGAGGUGAGCGCAAACGCCAAUACUCUGCCCUUCGACGUGCGAUUGCCCGAGAUGCCCCACCAGCCCUGGUUGCCAAGUUUGGGCUAUGCAGUGACAAAGAGCGGUUCUGUAUGCUGAAGGCUUGGCUGCAAAAUCCAGACCUCGACUCGAUAGAGGUGGAAGAGAAAUACCGAAGCUGGGUGGCCAAUCUCCGGACAGACCGGUACGUGACCGUUACAGUCUUCCAGCUAGAGAAGCUAUUUGGAACAAGCAAAGAGGCAACAGAGUUCAUCGAACAGCUCAUCACUGGUCAACAAGGUGUGCCUCAUCCACAGGCACCAAACAUCAAGAAAGCACGUUUAUACAAAGUGCUGAAGGAGGUGGUAGAAGACAAGACGACUGGGCAGUCAACAGAAAGUGGUGUGAAGCUAUCAGGAAGGGUCCGAGAAAGUGCACACAAAGACCUUCUGAAAAAGCAACUUGGGAAUCUCAUGAACGAUGAUGUCUCCUUCAUGGAUCUCAAAACCGGAGCAAUAAAAGUGAAGAAACCAAAGAAAGAAAAAUCUCCGGCAGAAGAAGCCAUGGGAGAACUGAAAAAGAUCGACAAAAAGUUGAAGGGAAUUAUCAAUGACCUCACAGCUGUGCAGUUGGAUAUGAAAGAACACAAUGUGAGGAACUCUGCAGAACUUGUGGAAUGCUUGAAGGAUCACAUGCCCAAGGUCGAGAAGUUGUACGCUGACUCUCAAGACCGGCUGCAGGUACCACUGAGCCAGGUGGACCCUGAGGACUUGCUGGGGAUGGUCAACAUGUUGAAAGAAAAAUGUAAGCCCGUGGAUUCCGAUUUGAAAGAUGCAAAGCGUCGAGUGGUCGCAGCCAAACCCAAAAAGAAAAAAGCAAAGGCUGAUGGUUCUUGUGGGAGCGAUGAUGGUCGUUCCGAUUAGGGGUUCAAAGCAAGCACCCAGGGAUUUGGGGAAAAAACACAUAUUUUGC